GAAGCUGUAUAUGCAGAUGGCCGACAGGAUGGCGAAGGACGGCUGGAAGGAGGCCGGCUAUGAGUAUGUGUGCAUGGAUGACUGCUGGCCCGCUUCCAGCCGCGAUGCCCAGGGCCGCCUUCAGGCCGACCCCAAGCGCUUCCCCGGGGGCAUCAAGAAGCUCGCGGACUAUGUUCACUCGAUGGGUCUGAAGCUGGGCAUUUAUGCCGACGUGGGUAUCAGGACCUGCGCCGGCUACCCUGGGAGCUUUGGACACUACGACAUUGAUGCCAAGACUUUCGCUGAGUGGGGGGUCGACCUGCUGAAAUUUGAUGGCUGCUACAUGCCUGACUGGAAAUUGCUGGCAGAAGGCUACAUGAACAUGUCAAGAGCAUUGAACAACACUGGCAGGAGUAUUUUGUAUUCCUGUGAGUGGCCCCUUUAUGAGUGGGAUCAUCAGCAGCCAAACUACACUGCCAUCCGGAAGACCUGCAACCAGUGGAGAAACUCUGGUGACAUUUUUGAUUCUUGGGCGAGUGUGACAGCCAUUACCGACUGGGCUGCAAAACACCAGAAUAUCAUAGUUCCAGCAGCAGGACCUGGAGGCUGGAAUGACCCAGACAUGCUGGUCUUGGGAAACUUUGGGCUCAGCUUUGAUCAACAAGUGACCCAGAUGGCCUUGUGGGCAGUCAUGGCUUCCCCAUUGCUGAUGUCGAAUGACCUGAGGGCUAUUGACCCAAAGUCCAGGGAUCUUUUGCAGAACAAGCAGGUCAUUGCUAUCAACCAAGACCCUUUGGGAAAACAGGGAUAUUUCAUGUUAAAGGUGAACAACUUUGAGAUAUGGGAGCGACCCCUGUCCGGAAAGAGGCUGGCUUUGGCGGUGACCAACAAGCAAGAUAUAGGUGGUCCUCGUACCUUCUUCCUCACUCUGGGCCUAAUGCCCAACGGGAAUCUCUGCUACCCCAAGUGCAACAUCACCCAAAUCCUACCCUUGUACAAGGAGCUCGGCAUCCAUAACCCGAACACCACGACUCAAGUCUCAGUCAACCCAACAGGCACCACCCUGUUAAUGAUCAAGCAAGUCGGGGGCUCAGCUAAACCCCAGCCGAGCAAAGGAAGGAUGCACAUACUCCACAAGGGGAAAACCAACCAUAUUCUAUAACCACGGGAGUGGCAAUGCUUUUAGAAGGGUGAAUAACUCAAUGGGCAGGCCCACUAUUUACCCAGAGCAACUUAUUGUGCACUAAUGACGCAACGGUACAGAGGCAAACAAAUGGAACACUCUGCCUUCAUCUUCCUCCAGAUUAUUCACACACCAUGUCUUUUAUGCAAUUAAUUUUAAUAAAGUUGUUCUGCUCACACAUUACUACCAUUGGUGAAUAAAUCACAACCAUGAAGACUC